AUGUCCACAAUUAUUACAAUUGCUGUUUUUGCAAUCAAAGUCAAGAACCAAGAUGGCUCAAUAACAUACGAGCAAAUAUUGACACUCGCAUUACUCUCUGCUGCAUUGUUCCAAAUCUCUCCGUUGUUCUAUUUCGCAAUAAUUUGCCAUAGUUACAUCCUUAGAAUGAUCGAUAUAUCUUUGAUUUCGAUAUCAUGCUGCUUUGUCGUCUUCUUUAUUCUUACAACUGCCUUUGGAUUACGUUCAUUCAACAUUUUACCACUUUUAGUCGGAAUUGUUGCAGGAUUGAUUGCAUUCUUGCAAAAUUACUACAAGAAUGCUUCUGUUUACCUGUUUAUUUCUAUCGGAUUCUAUUCAUUACUUGCGAUUCCAGUAAUUGUUUCAAGCUGCAUCGCUCUUCGCUCCGAAAAAUCAUACUUCCACAAAUUGUAUAUGUAUCUCUUCUCAAACCUCGUUACUCUUGUUUGUUUUGUAGUUAUUCAAACUUUGUACUUUUGCCCAGCAGUUUCUUCAACUCCUGUCGCUGCAUCCCUCAAUAUUGUGCUAUACUUCACAUAUUCUAUCAUGAUGACAUACUUCCACUGGCCAUUUGAAUCAGAUAUCGAUCUUGAGUAUCUUGAACCUGGAAAGGGCGACCAAGAAGGUUUCCAAGCUGAUAUUGAUGAUAUGCCAAAUGAGAUUAAGGCCGAAGGCAGUGAUGUUCUCGACACAAACACUUAA